AUUACGUGGGCCCACAACCCAAAAUACACACUGUCCAAACGAUUACUAUAUCGGGAGCGAUAUCUUGUUUUUCUGAUUUGCAAUUUAUUAAAUACAGAUCAUGUCAAAUAGACAGCUUCGCAAAAUUCAUGGAGAAAAGGAUGAGUUAUCAACAUUGGCAUCAAGCCUACAACUAGAAGAAGAGGAGCUUGAUGAUGCGCCUGUCAUAAGAAAUGUCAAUGGAAAUCGAAAGAAGAAACCCGCCAUCAAUAUGUUUGAUUUGUUGCAUGAAGGUGACGACUCAGACAAGGAAAGUGUCGAAGAACCACCCACUCCUGAUGAAUCGGAAGAAGACACAUCACACAUAGUUCAAACAGGAACCAAACCUAAGAAAAAGACCAAGAAGAAGAAGAAGCAAAGUGCACAGCUUGAUGAUGAUGCUGAUGAUUUGGACAAUGAAUUUCUAGUUAAUAUUGCACCUUCAAAUGGCCAUGAGACGCCAGUUUCCAAACAAGUUGCUGCUAAAAAUGUCCUCAGUUUAGAACAAAAAAAUCUUAAUUCUGACAAUGAGCUGAAGAAAAUCUUUGGCAGCAGAGUGGUGGUUUCAGCACAAAAGAAGAAAGCCAGGGGGAGGGCUUAUGUAAAGUCAACAUGGCUAAUCAAUUCCAAAGACAAUUGGUCCCAAAUAAGAAAAACAGGACUUUCAAUGAGUUUGGAUCAAACAAAGGAUGGUUGUUUCUAUUUCAAAUAUGAGCACAACAAAGAGUAUCGUCAAAUACAGUACGAUUUCUGGGAGGCUGUCAGCUCAUUGAAUCCCACAAAUAUUGUUGCACUUGUGAAUAUGUAUCCAUACCAUAUAGACUCGCUGAUCCAGCUGUCUGAUAUCUGCAGAAUGAGUGAAGACCCGCAAAUGGCAGGAGAACUCAUCGAGCGAGCCUUAUACAUUCUUGAAAGUGCUUUUCAUCCUUCAUUCAAUUUGGCAUCCGGAAAUUGUCGCCUCGAAUAUAAGCAACAGGAAAACAGGGCAUUAUUUUUGGCCAUAUUCAAACAUUUGGUUUCCAUCGGUUUGCGAGGAUGUUACCGAACUGCUUUGGAAUUUUGUAAACUUCUUUAUACAUUGGAUUUGGAUUCCGAUCCCUUGGCAGUUAUUCUGAUGAUAGACUUUUACGCCAUCAAAGCCAGUGAAUAUUCUUGGUUCAUUGAAUUUUUUGGAUUCUUUGAAUCCAAGAAAAAUUUGUCCCAACUGCCUAAUAUGGCUUUCGCUAUUGCUUUGGCCCACUUCUACCAUUCAAAAACUGACCCCAAAAGCCUUCCACUUGCAGACGAAUACCUUAAACAGGCCCUGCUAAUGUUCCCAGGAGUAUUAAUUCCUUUGUUAGAUAAGUGCUCCAUUCAAGCUGACGUUAGAGUAGUCAGACACGAGUACUUUUCACCCAAAACACCUUUCAGUCAUUCGCCGUCGUUGAACAAUUUAAUUCAACUGUACAUCGGACGCUCAUUUCACCUUUGGAAAGAUGCUGAACUCCUUCCUUGGUUGGAACGAAACGCCAACAGCUGUUUAAAUGAGGUUGAUCGCCAGCCUUCGAUUGCCCUAGAAUACGAGGAAAAGCGUAAAACGCGCUACCAAGGAACGCCAAGAAAUAUCUACCGACAUAUUCUCCUGUCAGAUAUCAAAGAUGCUACCGCCACGCUACCCCAGGAACUGGCAGCUGGUUCAGUCAUGUCUUUUGAUCCUCUACCGCCUGUAGAAUCGGUCUCGAGCUACAGUCGACCAACUCGAACCAAUAAUGCCACAGCCGCCAGCCAGUUGGAAGGAGGUUUGAUCAGUUCGUUCUUCCGGUCACUCUUACCCGGUUUUAAUCCGCAGGAAGUUGUUAAUAAUCAACAAGCCGUUCAGCGACAACCUGGAAGACCUCCUCGUGCCAAUGUCGAUUUGCAAGAAAAUGAAGAGAUUGCUGCCGAAGGAGCGGGAGCCAAUCUUCAACAGAGCUGCGCCGAAUUAGCCGGUUUGGACUUUACACCGAUUGACACCUGCACGAAGACUAGCGAGGGCCAAGAAUUGGCUGUGGCGCAUGGAACGGAAACUUUAACUCUGCAACCUACUCUCACUUUUGUCCCGUGGGUUGUUUAUGAUAAGGUGUUUGAUGAUGGCAAGCAAUGGAGUAGUCUUUCCAAUCUAAGAUCUGUUGCUUGCAAUCAUAACGGAUUUAACGCUCCGUCUUGCCUUUCCAAUGUUCUCUAGGUGAUCCGUCUAGAUGAUGAGCAAACCCAUCCCCGUUGGGGAUUGUGAAGCAUAAAAAUCGACAUUCCAUUUAUUCGAAUAUUGUUAUUCCGUCCAAAUUUUAGUUAACUUCAAUGCUGGGUACUGAAGUAAUGUAUCAAAAUGUAACAUUUUGUAAUACAUUUGUUUUCGAUAGGCCCUA